AUGAUCGAUGUGAACAAAGGCCUCGAGUUUGUGCCUGACUAUCCCGACGACAGCGUUCGGCCAUCGUUGACCAUGGGCUCGUCCUUCACAAACGUCGAUGCCGUCGUCGCUAUUCAGCCGCCGUCGUCUCAAACCGUCUCGGGAAGUACCGGCCUCGGUAUCGAGAACACCGCCAUGUCGGGUGUCACCACCGCCGUCGUCGACACGAAUGGCAACUCCCUGCUGGCCGCGUUUACCAGGCUUGGCGAGUGGGUGCUGGGCCCCGCGUAUUCGAGCUCAGCCGAUGCUACGACUCUCUUGGACGACCACGUCCGGAUCGGUGGUGCGACGGGUACCGACUUGACGCCUAUUGAGAGUGCCCGGUUUUGA